AGCAGCAUGUUCCUCGCAGUCGCGCUCCUGGCGCUGCUCGCCUCGGCGCGCGCGCAAGGACAAUGUCAAACUGAUAUUACAGGCGAUACCUCUGGGAAGGUAGUUGUUCUUCGGGACCAAGUAGUGCCGGCAGGUACACGUGAUAUGGAAAUCACUUUGGCAGCUAAUGCGUGCGCGUCGGAGCCGGGGCGGCAGCACGAGGGCACGGCGGUGACGGUGUGCGACUGGGACGCCGCGCCGCGCGUGACGAUGCUGAACGUGCGACAAGCGCGCGUGACGCGCACGGGCAGCGCCGUGCAGACCGCCGUCGUGCACAGCACCGCCUACUGCAAAUAAACUGCGCCUCAGUUGCUAAGACCCCAGUAUUUUUAUGAAGUCUCCUUACUUACCAUCCUCUAGGAUACAAUAGUUAUGAUACGAUUCCCACCACGUCGACGUGUCGUUCCAUUUUUCAUUUUGUGAAAUCUAAAUUAAAUAACAGGUUAUACAUAAUACUUAUCAUGAGAGUAUCAGGGUUACUGAUCACUUAGUUAGUUAGUUUACUACUGAUCACUUUAAUUGAAAAUGGAUAAGAGUUGAAUUAAUAAAGUUACAAAAUUUAAA